AACAUCAGCAACGUGUGCUUUCUUUCUGUCCUCAAAGAUUUUUCUUUUUCUCUCUUCAUCUUAGCUACAAUUUGACUUUUAUUUUAAUCUGUCCAAUUGUUCUUGCACACUACAUCCACCAAUCAACUUUCUUGGAUUUCUCAGCAUUUGGGUGUUACUCAGAAUUUAGUAGUAACAACUAUGAGUGAUCAAAAGGAUCAGGUCAAUACAGCUGAUAAUGUAGGCUCUGAUCUCCCUGCUGCCACUGCUGUUCUUUCUGCUGAGGAUCGUGCAGAUCUUGUAAAUGCCAUCAAGAACAAGCUUCAUGAUCUGGCAAGGGAUCAUUCUGGUUUUCUUGAAAAACUUCCUCCAAACAUUAGGAAACGUGUUGAUGUCCUCAGAGAGAUUCAGAGCCAAUAUGAUGAAUUAGAGGCGCAGUUCCUUGAAGAGAGAGCAGCUUUGGAAGCAAAGUUCCAGAAGUUGUAUGAGCCACUUUACAACAAGCGAUACGAGAUUGUGAAUGGUGUGGUAGAAGCUGAAAAUGAGGGCACAGUAGAUAAAGAAACCAAUGAAUCAGCUGGAGAUAAAGGUAUUCCCCAUUUCUGGCUGCUGACGAUGAAAAAUAAUGAAGCAAUUGCUAAGGAGAUCACUGAGCGAGAUGAAGGUGCGCUCCAGUAUCUGAAAGAUGUCAAAUGGAGUAGACUUAAUGAUGCCAAGGGUUUUAAGCUUGAGUUCUUUUUUGAUACAAAUCCCUAUUUUAGCAACAGUGUGCUGACAAAGACAUAUCACAUGAUUAGCGAGGAUGAGCAUAUCCUUGAGAAUGCAAUAGGGACAGAGAUCGAAUGGUUUCCCAGGAAAAGUUUGACACAGAAGAUCGUGAAGAAGAAACCAAAGAAGGGAUCCAACGAUACAAAACCAAUCAUAAAAACUGAGGAAUGUGAAAGUUUCUUUCAUUUUUUUGAUCCACCUCAGCUUCCAGAAGAUGCAGAGGAAAUUGAUGAGGAAACCGCUGAAUUGCUUCAGAGUCAGAUGGAACAAGAUUAUGAGAUUGGGUCAACAAUCCGAGAAAAGAUCAUUCCUCAUGCCGUGUCUUGGUUUACUGGAGAGGCUGUUCCCAUUGACGAUGAAGAAGAAGAACAAGAAGUAGAAGAAGAUGACGACGGUGAUGAUGAGGAAGAGGAAUAUUAUGUAGAAGAGAAUGAUGAAGAAGAGGAUGAUGAGAAUGAGAAGGAGAAAGGGAAUGAAAGAAAUGUAAAGAAAACCAAUAAGGGGGAUGGCAUUGCAGAAACUAGUGGGCACUAGUGGUUAGAGUAGCCCCUCAGAUUUUGUGUUGUGUGUUGUGGAAACCAUUUGUUUAAUGUAUUAAAUUUAUUUAUUUAUUAUUUAUUUGUUUAUUUAUCGACAAUACCUAUUUUUGAACAAGCAGCUCAAUGGUUUAUCCAGCAAUUUAGCUGGUUCACGAGCUUGCAAUUUUGAUA